AUGCAGGGCCAACUGGUGGGGGCAGCCGUGGAAUGCCACCUCUCCAAUGGACCCCCGCCGCGCAGAAGUGGGGGGCGCCCCAGGUCGCCUCCCAGCCCCGGCCCCGGCCCCCCCUCACCUCCGCCGCGCUGCUCCAUGCUCAGCCCCGGGCCGCCCCAGCGCUCCACAGGCGCGCCGCCCGGCUCCAGCCCGCGCGCGGCCACUCGGAGCAGCCCAGCCGACCCGGCCCCGCCUCCGCGGCGCCCCCCACCGGGGCCAACCCCCACCCGGCCCGAGUGGGCGGUGCAACGCGGGGGAGGGGUCCGAGGGGCGUCCCCGCCCCGGGGGGCGGACACGCGCAAGCAGCCCGCGUCACGCGUGUCCGGCGGGGCGCACGCAGGGCCUGCACGGCUGCAUUCAGAGUCCGUUCCUCCGAGGCCCGGUGGUUGUGUGUCUAGGGGUCGGUCGGCUCAGGACUCGGCGGCGGCGGGUCACCCUCUACCCCUACCCGGGCCCCGGGGCCAGCGGCAGCUGGUCAUUGUCCAAGCACAAAGGGCCGGGUUUCGCGGCGGCCGCCCUCCCCCCUCCGCUCCUCUAGUCGAAGCCUCCCCCAAGACACAGGCUUCGGAGUCCAGAGGGGGAGGCCGGGGGUCAGCUGCCCCCCACAGUCCCCGGCUGCCCGGGCCCUGCGCCCCAUCUCAGGUCAGGGGCAGAGGCUCGGGCUGUGCCUGCCCCACCCUCAGCGGGUUGGAGGAGGCACACUUGGAUCUGUGGAGGCGGCGCCCCCUGGCGGCCCAUCCAGAGAACACACCCAGUCACCCCGCAACUUUGGGGGCCCUUAUCCGACUCCUCAGCGCUGUACCCUCUCCCCCGCCAGCCCAGGCUGGCCCCAGGCGUGGCUCUGUGCUCCUCGACCUUCCCCCAGAGUCAUUUGCUAAGAGAAAGGUCAUUGCCCAGAGAGAGGCAGCCCUAUCCCCCAACAAUCCCUGGAUCUCCCCAGACCGGGAAAGUUCGCUGCGGAGCGGGGAUGUGCGAGAGGCGGGAGAUCCUGCACCUCCGCGGCCCCACUACUCACCCAGCGCCACCUGCGCCGCGGCUCCAGCUCCUGCCCGGGUCCUGCUCCAGCGCAGGCGACUCUUCGCCGCGGAUCCGCCGGCUCUCAAGCCCGCUCCGGGCUCCGGACUCCGGGCGCCCGUCUAG